AUGGGCAAGAAGCGAGCGCGCGAAGAAGGCAAGGAUGUCCCGCCUGCGGAUGUAGACAAGAUGGACGAGGAUGGCUCUGAUGAUGAGGAUUUUGACAUGGUCAAUGUUGAGUUCGAAUGGUUCAACUUUGACCCCGAGGUUGACUUCCACGGCACCAAGACCCUUCUGCGACAACUCUUCGAUGUCGAUGCGAACCUCUUCAACAUGUCUGCUCUCGCCGACCUCGUCCUCUCUCAGCCCACCAUCGGCUCUACAAUCAAGGUCGACGGCAAGGCCAACGACGCCUACGCUCUGCUUACAGUCCUCAACACUACCGUUCACCAGAACAAGGAGCCCAUGAAUGAUAUUCUCAAGUACCUGGUGAACAAGGCGCAGAGCAACCCAUCCCUCGCGCCCGUCGCCAACGUGCUCAACAGCGGAAAGCAUGUCGGCCUGAUCUUUUCGGAGCGGCUCAUCAACAUGCCCUCCGAGCUGGCGCCGCCCCUCUACUCGAUGCUCAUCGACGAGGUCGAGGCGGCCGUGGAAGACAAGGAGCCCUACGAGUUCUCCCACUACUUGAUCCUGUCCAAGACAUAUCAGGAGCUCGAGUCGAAGCUGGACCAGGAGAACCAGAAGCGGAAGAAGGCCAAGGAGGAGGCUGGAGUGUACUAUUUCCACGUCGAGGACGAGGUGCUGCAGAAGCACGCCGAGGCGUACGGUAACUUCAACUACACAAAGGAGGACGAGUCGGUGGCGGACAGCAAGCGGGCAUUCCAAGAGAUGGGCGUCAAGGCGCAUGGACACAUGAUCCUCAUCGAGGCGAGCAAGUUCCCGGGGGCUGUCAAGGCCGUUAAUGAGUAUCUGAGUGCUCCGCAAUAG